UGACCUCAUGCCACAGUACAGCAUGUUCAAAUCUGGGAGAAACCCGAGGGUUAUUCGGCAUAUUCCUCCUCCUUCUCCCUUACAAGCAUGGAGCCCUCACUCUCCUCGGAAACCAUCGAACGGUUGGAAGUAAGCAGCCUUGCCCAGACUUCCAGUGCAGUGGCCUCCAGCACAGAUGGCAGCAUCCACACAGACUCUGUGGAUGGCACCCCAGACCCUCAGCGCACAAAGGCUGCUAUUGCUCACCUGCAGCAGAAGAUCCUGAAGCUUACAGAGCAGAUCAAGAUUGCACAAACAGCCCGGGACGACAAUGUUGCCGAGUACUUGAAGCUUGCCAACAGUGCAGACAAGCAGCAGGCCGCCCGCAUCAAGCAGGUCUUUGAGAAGAAGAACCAGAAAUCUGCCCAAACCAUCCUUCAGCUGCAGAAGAAGCUUGAGCACUACCACAGGAAACUCCGAGAGGUGGAGCAGAAUGGGAUUCCCCGACAGCCCAAGGAUGUCUUCAGGGACAUGCACCAGGGUCUGAAGGAUGUGGGCGCCAAGGUAACUGGCUUCAGUGAAGGUGUGGUGGACAGUGUCAAAGGCGGACUUUCCAGCUUCUCCCAGGCGACCCAUUCAGCAGCAGGGGCCGUGGUCUCCAAGCCCAGAGAGAUUGCUUCACUAAUUCGGAAUAAAUUUGGCAGUGCAGACAACAUCCCCAACCUGAAGGACUCUUUAGAGGAAGGGCAAGUGGAUGAUGGGGGGAAGGCUUUGGGAGUGAUUUCAAACUUUCAGUCCAGCCCAAAAUAUGGUAGUGAGGAAGAUUGUUCUAGUGCCACUUCAGGCUCAGUGGGGGCCAACAGCACUACCGGAGGCAUCGCUGUAGGAGCAUCUAGCUCCAAAACAAACACCCUGGACAUGCAGAGCUCAGGAUUUGAUGCACUAUUCCACGAGAUCCAGGAGAUCCGGGAAACCCAGGCCAGACUAGAGGAAUCCUUUGAAACUCUCAAGGAACAUUAUCAGAGGGACUAUUCCUUAAUAAUACAGGCCUUACAGGAAGAGCGAUACAGAUGUGAGCGAUUAGAAGAACAGCUAAAUGACCUAACAGAGCUCCACCAGAAUGAAAUCUUGAACUUGAAGCAGGAACUGGCCAGCAUGGAAGAGAAAAUUGCAUAUCAGUCCUAUGAACGGGCCCGGGACAUCCAGGAGGCGCUGGAGGCCUGCCAGACGCGCAUCUCCAAGAUGGAGCUGCAGCAGCAGCAGCAGCAGGUCGUGCAGCUAGAGGGCCUUGAGAGCGCCACUGCGCGGAACCUGCUGGGCAAGCUCAUCAACGUCCUGCUGGCGGUCAUGGCCGUCCUGCUGGUCUUCGUCUCCACAGUGGCCAACUGCGUGCUGCCUCUCAUGAAGACUCGCAACAGGACGUUCAGCACUUUAUUCCUGGUGGUUCUUCUUGCCUUUCUCUGGAAGCACUGGGACGCCCUCUUCAGCUACGCGGAGAGGUUCUUCACGUGUCCCCGGUGACGCCAGCGCACCAGGCGGCCCCACCCCGGCGAGUGCAUGCGGCCAAGUGGGCGGCCGCUUACCUCCUCUGAAGUUUUCUACAAGAGUUGAGUGAAUCUGUUUACAUUUAGAAUAAUGUUUUUUUCUUCAAGAGACGCAACUGCAAUAGUAUUUUUUAGAUUUUAUCCAAGAAGUUUUUUGGGCAAAAAUCUUGGAUCAUUUUUAUGUAGCAUGAUUUUCCUUGGGAUGCAAAUAUUGAAACAGUCCUUUACUAUGAAUCAACAAUCCGGAGCACAUUGAAGGGCAUUCUAAACUGUGGCUUGAAGGACUGCACUAAAACCCCUAAAAAGAUGCGAAAACCUGACUCGGGGAACUGGUCAACCUGACACCUUGCCUUGUCUGGGCACCACCUCUCCCCUCCCAGACUAACUAUACUGUGAAAUCCUACCAUUCCGUGUCUGAAUUUUUGGAUUCAGGGUGGAUUGUCCUUGUUUGUGGACAAACACAUGGCUCUCCCUGGUUUUACCCACCCACGUUGGCCACUCAUGCUAACCCUGGAACUAUGAUCACUUUUGAACCUGGUGCCAGGAUACAAAAGUGAGAGCAUCUUGGCCCACAGGAUCACUGCACAGUCCUACUACAGUAUUUUGAAGUAGCCCUCUAAAUACUUAAUUUUAAGCAAAAUCCCUUGGCCGCACUUUUAAGGUUUUUUUAAAAAUAUGUGUAUAGUCACCAACAUAAAAAAAACACCCGAACAGCAUACUUGAAGAAUGUAAUACUCAAACUCUCAGUGCUUCCUCAUUGUUUCCAGUAGGAUUUUUUAUUAUUGUUAUUAUUAUUAUCGGGUUUUUUUGGAAAGGGUUGGGAGGGUCUUUUAUUUUUCCUUUGAAAUAAAGAAGUGAUGUUUUAAAUGAAGAAAUGUGUGGCUAUGUAAGUGUGCUGCUCCCUCUUGUCUUGAAACAGUUUGAGUAAAUGAAGACUUUGCUAUAAAUGCCCCCCUCUGAUGCCCUUGUUUUAAAAUACAGCCUAAAACUCCCUCCUCUGGCCACUGCUGCUGCCUUUUGGUGUCCUGCCACCCCCACACCACCACUUGGUUUGGUUGGAGAGGAAUAUGGUAUGCAGGGAGAGAGGGAGGCUGUCUCCACAAACCAGUGUGAUAGGAGAGAGACUUGUUUGCCCCAAGAAAAUGCUCACCCAGUGACUUUGGUGGGGUUGUCUUUAGGAAAAAUUGAGACUUUAUUAUGAGAGUCAUAAAUAAUUCCUUGUGCUUCUUUCCCUAAUUUAUUUUUUUUAGCACCCCCUAAUUAUUGAAACCAAAGUGAAGUGGAAUCUUCUGGCUGCAUUUUGGCCCCAGCAUCCUUAAUUUCAAAGCUUUAUUCUGUCUGCCUGAGAGAAUCAACUGAAGCUGAUUCUCCCUAAAGAAAGAAAAGAAUAAUGUCAGGUUAGAAGGACCCCAAGUUUGGUUUGUAAAAUGUUGUCAGCUUUCUGUUCAGCAAGACUGACUCAUUAACGUAACUGGGCUCAGUGGACUUUUACAGGCAGUUUAGAAAAGAGGACUGAGCCUUCCUCCCCAUCCUAGAACUGAAAUGGAACUGGGCUUUGAGAGCAUCCCGAGGAAGCUUAGCUAAUCUUCCCAUACUCAUAGUGUUGGAUCGCAAAUGCUGUUUGCACUGAGCCUCAGGUCGGUACAACUAAGUGAUGAGCUGGGGGCCACAAAAUAUGCCCUCAGAAGAGUAGCAAAGCAUGCUUUGCCCAUUUCCCCCAUGCCAGAAAAUUCUUCUGAAACUAGAUGAGCAUUGCCUUCUCUGCCUGAGAGGAUGGUUUACAUGACAACAGCAGCCUCCUGUUGCUUUGGCAGACUGGCCUUCUCCAAGUCAGCAUGUUUCCAUAAUCAUUUUGAUAUUUUAACUCAGGUACCCAAUCUUCACUCCAUCCCCAGGUGACUGUAAACCUGUUAGCUCUGCUGACCUCUCAAAAUUCGUGCCCGCAACAGGGACCAUAGGGGUGGUUUUUCUAUUAAGAAGUAUUUGGAACCAAUUCAUGUUCAGAUCAAAAACAAAUUCUUCCCAUGCCUAUGUGUUUAAGAUGUUAACUUUGCUUAAAAAUACUGUAAUGACUUUAGACAGGAGUGCCAAAGGACACCAUGAUUUUGUCAGACUUGCAGUCCUAACAUUCUACUUUAGCGUUAAUUGCUCAGAGUAGGGAAAAGAGCUCCCACAAAGUUUUGAAAAGAUGCUCUAGCCACAGUCCUCCAGUAUUUCAGUGAACCUCUGAAUCCCCUAAACUGUAUAGAGCUACUAAGUUUUGUGGGCUCCAGAAAUAACUAUGAAAGGUAGGUUAAAAUUGUUCCUGUUUGCUUUGGGACAGUUUCUAUCAAAGGUUUUCAGCUCUGGAAAGCCCCUGAGCUCCCAGCCAAACAGGCCUGUGCUAAUGUUCCAUCCUCCUCUCUCAGACUGUCUUAGGAAGGACCUUCAGGCUAGGUCAGGCACAGUAAUGGCUAGAAAGCUCUCUUGUCCCUUGGUGAUUCACCAGGCCCAACAGUUGCCUGCCUUGGAUGCUAUUUGUAUGUGUGCAUCUGUUUUCCUUACCUCCCCCAUGCUCUGCUGCCCAUAUGUGCUGCCUUUGAGUUUCUUGGCAUUGUGGCUGUUCUUGGAUUCUCUUAGUAUUCUUAAGCUCUUAAGCUCUUCUCUAACCUCACUCUAAUGAUUUAACAUUUGUUCUGCUCUGUGAAACUUCCCCUUGCAUUAAUACUCCACCUCUUUUACACACUCUGGGCAUUCGUUCCCUUUGGAAAAUGAAGCAUUGCUGGAUGACUUAUUAGUGCUGGUGCGGGAGGCUGGCUGGGGCAGCCUGUGUGACUCUGUGCUGGUUCUAAAAUGACUUAACAUUUUACCUUUUUUAUGAUAACUGAAGGGCACUUCUGUCUGCUCUAGUUCUGAUCCCAUCAUAUAUACUCGCUGCAUCCUAGCAAGGAAGGCUUUCUGCCCUACAGGCUCCUUAAGAAGCAAAAGUAGGUUAAGUUUCACACUUCACUGACUGGGCUCCUCUCUCUUCCUCUGUACCUCUUCUACCCGCUCUACCCAAUGGAGGUAAAAAUCUGAUACCAAGAAAAAACACUGGGGUCAAGCCUUCCUUGCUAGACAUGUCCUAAAAAGGGGCAUAUUUUUAUGUGGUCUUCACUGAAUUUGGUUUUGUUCCUGAUUUCAAAAUCCUCUGAGGUACAGUCCAAUGAAGUGCUGAAUUCUGAGUGAGUUCCAGUGAGGAGCUGCCUUUCAGCUUUGGAAAAAAGUGCAUCCAAAACAAAACCAAAUGUCCUAAUCAACAGAUUGACACAGGAAUUAUAGUUCUCACCCCCAAAUGAAACUGGAGAUUUUGAAUGUGGUUCUAAGAGUUAACAUUUCUGUCUGUGUGUUGUGUAUGCUGGGUGAUGCCCUCCAUAGGAUUGACUACUAGACUGUGUGUUUUAUCAAAGUGUGUAAGAAUAAAAACUCACUUGCACGAAUUGAAAAGUACAGAAAUGACACUUGUGAACGUGUGAACGUUAACACUGUAGUUGAUAGAUCUUAAGCUGCUAAUUGUUGAGAGAGAAUUACAUUUAUGUUUUGUCUAGUUGCUGUAUAUUCUCAGCAGCACUUUUACUGUACAUACAAAUUGAAAUAAAGACCUCAGCUAUUAACGAGGUGGUUGGACUUGGGU